CACAAGCAUAGCUUCUGCCCCGCUCUCCCGAGUGGUUGAACUUCGCUCUUGAGUCCGUUAACGAACCCAAUUCCAAUUCUGCCCUACCGUCCCAUUAUUCGAAGAAUGUCUUUAUGAUUUAUCUCAAACCAAACCCUGAUCAGUUGCAAUACAUCAAGCGGUGAUCAUCCAGAUGACUCCACAUCUGGCAUACCGAGUCGACGAAGCUGGUGCGGAGUCGGGGCGAGGUAGCGAAUUGAAGACUCAAUCCUCAAAAGAUAUCCCGCAGCUUGGUAGGCUUUGUGGCCUCCACGACGAUCAAAAUCUAUCUACGAUAGAUUGCAUUCAGAUGCUUCAUUAUAUCCUCCAUUUUCGUUAUUCUAGGCCCGUUCUUCUCUGCCAUCAGUGUGUAUGCACCAUCUUUGUCCAGGCCGUAUCUGAUUGUGCCGGACAGUGGCUCACUACCUUCCUCCCUACAUGGAACGUGGGCACCCAUCUUGGCCCCGCUUCAAGUUCAGAAGAACAUAUUCUCGUGAUCGUCGGAGCCGCUUUAGGGAUAAUUAUACUCUUGCGUACGUCUAAACCUGGCUUGUUCAAAUAUCCGUUGGAUACUGAUGCAGGGAUUGCUUUCAUCUUCAUGUGAUUCCAUGUCUUGACCAGAUUCUCAUAUACUGCGCUGACUGCAUAAUUCUUGAUACCUCAUUCUCAAUAUCCAUAAUCAGCUACCUAUUUCUUCGAUCCCAACCUAACUCCGGCAGCAUUGUUUGAGAUACAGAAGAAGCAGAGAAAGUCAACUUCUCCAUCUCC